GCUCGAGAUUUACUGGCGACCUACUCACAUUCAAUUGAAAAACUCAUAAUUGCCGAUUCGAAUAAUGAACGUCUGGAUAUUCUCCGUCAAUCAUUAACCGAUUCGCCUAUUGAAAUCCAUGUAAUCGAUGUUACCGAUAGACAAAUCAUCCUGUCAUUACUUGUUAAAUGCGACGUCUAUAUUAACGCUGUGCCCACUUUUGUAGGACUUCAAAUGAAUAUAUUUCAUGCAUGCUUCGAAGCAAAACGGAAUUACUUGGAGUACGGAGGCAUGGGUAUCUACACUGUCCAACAAAAGGCUGAGCAUGAUCAAUGGGAAAAGGCUGAAAUAAUAGCCAUUUUGGGGCUAGGCGCGGAUCCAGGGUUAUUUAAUAUCUUGUGUCGCGUUGUCGCUGAUCGUCUUGAUAGGAUCGAUAAGAUGAAUUUAUAUUGGACAGCAAAAUUUAUUGGUGAUGAAAAUUCAAUACUGAUUCCUCCUUAUAAUUUGUCAACGGUGCUAGCUGAAUAUGGUAAUCCCAGUCAGCAAUUUCUGAACGGAAAACUUCCACAAGUUCCAGCACAAAGUGGUUUUGAAACUAUCGAUCUACCAGAACCUUUUACAGGAAUACAGGAACUGCAUAUGAACGUAUGGUUUUAG